AUGAGCUAUAACAAGACUGUUUUGGUGACUGGAGGCUCAGGAUUCAUAGGUUCCCAUCUUGUCACCCACCUUGUCAACACACAUCCAGAUUGGAGGAUUAUAAACUUGGAUAUUCUCGACUACUGCUGCAGCCGCAGGAGCCUGGAGAGUGUGGAGGACAGAGCCAACUACACAUUUAUCAAAGGAGACGUGUGCAGCCAUCGCCUGGUCCAUCACACCUUCCACACUCACACCAUCGAUGUCGUCUUCCACCUGGCAGCUAAAACCCAUGUUGAGUCCUCGUUCAAAAGUCCGUCUGAUUUCAAACUCGUCAACAUCGAAGGGACCAGAGUUUUACUGAAAGCUGCUCAACAAGCCCCGCACCGAGUGGAAAAGUUUGUUUAUGUCAGCACCGAUGAAGUCUAUGGACCAGGGAUCGACCAGAUCUUUGAUGAGAGCAGUCCUUUGAGACCUUCCAAUCCCUAUUCAGCCACAAAAGCAGCAGCCGAGUUCCUGGUCCGAAUCUACUGGGAAAAAUACAAGUUUCCUGUGAUCAUUACCAGAAGCAACAAUAUCUAUGGACCACGGCAGUACACAGAAAAGGUCAUUCCUAGAUUUAUCAGCCUCUUGCAAAGAAAUCAGAGAUGCACGAUCCAGGGGACUCUACCCAAAUCUCGUCACUUUCUAUUUGUGGAAGACGCUAUCAGUGGCUUCAUGGUGGUCCUGGAGAAAGGCAUUGUGGGAGAAGUCUAUAACAUGGGGUCUGGAUGUGAGAUUCCCAUAGUGCAACUGGCCAAAGAGCUCAUCUCCAUGAUAAAAAAGGUGCCGGACGCUGAACUAACAGACUGGAUCGAGUUUGUGCCAGACAGACCAAAAGUGGACCUGCGGUACCCCAUCCACUCGGAGCGGCUGCAGAGACUCGGUUGGAGAGCUACUGUGGGCUGGACGGAGGGCAUCAAUAAAACAGUGAAGUGGUACGAGGAAAACCCGGACUUCUGGCCUGAUCCAAGUGAAGACAAACUGCACAUCCCCAAAGCAGAGACUGUACGCCCUGCACUGAGGCCCGGCCUGUAG